UAUAUGGGUCCAGUCAACAGAACUGGGAACAGCUGCUGCUUUCUCAAAUCAUUUCUUCUUCCGCUCAGUUGUAAUCUGUAAGCCGAGGUGAGAGGACGCGCAGUUGCGUAGCUCUGUAACAGGCGUCUGUUCAUCGAUAAAGAAGAAAUCUAGUUAAAUAUUUUUUCAGCAGGCUACGACGCAGUGCAUUAGAGGGGUGAUUCAAUUAAUAAUAAAUGUUAUGCUAAUCAGUGAAUUACUAAUCUGAACUAGAAUAUAUACAAUGCUAGGACAGUUUCUAGUUUCGGAGACAAGUUUCAAUCCUUGAGUUAGUCUGGAGUAAUUCCUAAUCCUGUUCCGGGUAGAAGGUUGAACUGUCCAAGGAUGGAGGGCGAGGUGGCAAUAGUAGAGCUUCAGGAGAACCUGGAGCAGGGGCAUGAUCUACCCUUCUGGAACUAUACCAGUAUAAGUUUGGAGGGGGAGGAGUUGGGACGUGUUGAACAGAAUCUAGCAGAUUGUUCAAAUCACGAGCAUAUCUAUACACCAAAGUUUGAUCUAACCUUCUUGAUUGCAGCUGGAGGAAGCUUAGGCGUUCUAGUCACAAUAUGGAUUCUGUACAGGGCCUAUCAUCUCCUUCUUGUUUUCUACUGUAGAUCCCUGACUAGACAGUGCAUGGAUCGGGACACGCCCUCAAACACAUCCAUUGAGACUAUUUACGUUAUAGAUUCCUGUAGGGAGACCAGGGGGCGUGUCAGAGGAGUGGGGGCGGGUGUACAGGGUAUGGCGGGAGUAUUGGCAAGGAUGCAGAGCUAUAAAAAAGGCGAGUCCCCGCCACCGCCGUAUGACUCUCCGCCGCCCUAUCAUGUGGCAAUUACUAUGGGGAACGUGCCUGAUGUUGUAAUGAGUGAACCAAUAAAUAUCUGACACACUUAAUCUUCACUCAGAUAGCUAGCUAAACACUUACUCUCAACCCGUUCAAGUGAAUAUAUUAAUAAACCCAACCCGGACUAACCAGGGCGAGAUGCAUUCGGUUUCUUCUAUUUGAAUUCAAUCACGUG